UAAAGUGCAUAAUUAUUGUGGAAAAACAAAGAUGGCUGUAAAUGAGUAAUUUUAGAGAUCUAAAAUUGGACUAUAAUUAAUAGAUCUAUCCUCUAAGUAGAUCUAGAUCUAAAUCAAGCACUUGUAUUAGUAGUAUGAUCUUAUCUAGAUCUAUAUAGGAUUAUAUAAUUAUUAUGAUGGUUGAUGGGAUUGAACUGGCCCUGUGAUACUUGAUCUAGAACAUUUGAUCUUCUGGGAUAAACGAGCAAAAACAAUGUUUGGCGGAGUGAAAAGCUGCUUCAUUCUGCUUUGUUUAUACCUGUCAUUCAAGAGAAGUCAAACUACUUCCAACUUUUUUAAAGAUGUCAGCAGAGAUGCGGUGCAGCCCUUGGCAGAGGACAGAGAUCUGGAAGAUGAAAGCUUAUGGUGCUCUGCAGAACAUAUUCAUUUGGCUUAUGGAAUGUCUGCAAUCAACAUAACAGUAAUAUGGGCCACAAGGGGAGACUGCCCAAUGAUGGUGGAGUAUGCUCAUGUUCCCUGGGGCCUGGACAAACAAGCUAAAGAAAAUAUGGUAGAGAUGGGAUUCGCUGAGAAUAAUAGCUUGAAAUAUAUUCAUCGGGCAGAGUUACAGGACUUGAUGCCCUCGACUACUUACUACUUUAGAGUGGUAUCUUUACAUGAAGUUGGACAUCACAUCUAUUACUUUAAAACACCUGGACUUGUGGAUGAGACAUUAAAUUUCUUGGUGACCAACAAGUUGGAGGAUAAGCUGAUUGCUAAGUCCAUACGGCGUGAAACAAUGACAGGCUUUUACAGUGCACUGAUCUACAAUGGUGACGUGGAGCCAAAACUCAAUUUAAAUUAUGAUGAAGCAGAGGAUAGUUUCAUGGAGCAGUUAGAAAAUAUUGGAACCUAUCUGCCUGUGCUAACUACGUCAGGAAAGAAAGUGGAUCAGAGGGAGGAUGGCUGGUACAUGUACAGACACAUGUUCUCUAUGCCAGACACAGACUGGCCGAUGCCUGCAGGGAAACUCUGGUACAGUUUGGAUAUCGGGCCUAUCCAUUUGAUUAGCUACUCGACAGAUGUCUUGUUUGACGUGGACAAUAGAAAUGCCAAACUCCAACAGGACUGGCUAGUGAAGGACCUUACGAGUGUCAACAAGAGAAGGGACAAGACUCCUUGGGUAAUAGCUUUUAGUAGCCACCCAAUGUAUUGUUCCUUGAGUGUCAAAGACACACAGGAUUGUCUUCUCAAUACAUCAAAAGUCAGACAAGGUUUUGAAGAUAUCUUCUAUCACUUUGCUGUGGACUUGAUCAUUGAGUCAAAGCAUGUGAGCUACGAACGUACAUGGCCGCAGUACAAAGGUGUUGUGGUAGGAACUUCUUAUCAGCAACCGAAGGCCCCCAUCGAGGUUAUCUUAGGAUCUGUUUCUGACUUCCCUAAAGAUGCCAGUGAUAUAGAUGUCAACACAACUGUGGCCACUCCCACGCCAGCUGCUUGGUCAGCUUUUCACUUGAAGGAAUCUGCAGCCAACAGUUUUGGCAAUCUGUCUGUCAUCAAUGACAGUCACUUGGAGUGGAAACUCAUGUCUGCUGAUGGUCAAACUGUGCUAGACCAGUUCUGGCUGGUACAAGAUAACCAUGGUAACUUCAGUUUGGCAAGCCUGCCCCACAAUGUCAGCCAUCAGAUCAACCAAACUAUCAUUGCUUUGGGAGGAAAGCCUGGCACCUAUGACUUCAUCAGCGGCAGCACUGGUGACCCCACUGAAGGGGAAGGUUUAUCUAAAUAUUCCCUCUGGCUUGGCUUAGCCGUCCUGGCUGCGGUGUUUGUCCUUGUUCUUGGGCUUGUGGCCAUCAGGUCGUGUGUCAGAAAGAAGAGAGCAAGGGCUGGACGCAGGUGGCGCGAGGUCGAUGGGCAGUCUGGAGAAGGAGCUUUUUACUCUGUUGCGUCAGACAGCGACACAGAAGACAAUGACUUUGAGAUUGAUGUGUAUGACAAAACUAACAAGCAGAGCUCAAAGCUUCUCACUUCAUAUUGAUGUCAUUACAGAUCUGAACCUUUACCUUCCGUAAAAUAGGGUAGAAAAUGUUGACCAGGGACUUUUUUUUGUCCAUUCACAUUUUACUGUACAUAGUUCUCAUGAAAGCUGGAAAUAAAUGUUGUCUUUCAAUUGGUAUAUUUGCAUUUCAUUAGAAAACUCAUGAUAAAGUUACCUCCCCUUUUGUACUUAGCUUGGUUGUAAUGCUUAUGCUUACAGAGCAAAAUUGUUGUGUUUUUUUUUUUACAUUAUACUGGGUUUUUUUGUUGUUGUUUUUUUUUUGACAUACCGGGUACUCUGAUAUAAUAUUUCUGUCAUUACUAUUUGAUUUAAGAAUGUUUUUUAUACAUUUUAUGUGUCAUCGCUUAUAGCUUGUAGGACAUGGUGACCUAUGUGGUAACUUGCCCCACACUUCUAGGAUUCAAAUCCUGGAGGAGACUAGAAUUUGUCUAGAGCCCACCCAGCUAGGACAUUUUGAGGAAGUCCAAUUGUUUGGCACAGCAGCUGGCCACAUAACACUUUGCCCUACUAACAGACAUUUAUCGCUGCUGGAAAUCCUGUUCCUUUAAGCUAGGACUGAGUUGUUGAACAAGUGUAGACAUCUGUUUGCUUACACUAGAUGAGGCUUAUAGAUUUAAAAAAUGUAUUUAUAAUUUUUAACCACAGUUUGCUUACUAAAAUAACAUGGGGAAGCUUUUGUAAAUAGUUGUAUAUGAUAUAUGCUUAUUUAUUGAUAUUUCUUAUAGAAUAUUGCUUUAACUAUUUCACGAGUUGUACAUUUAUAGUUCAAGUAUGAGUGUGAUGAAAUGUUAUGUUUUGUAACUAGGCUGAAACGUACAGCGUUCAUGACAAUGAUACAGUUAGAGAGAUUCUAUUCAUCGUUGCUUGACCUGGUCCCCUGGACAAAUCUUCUGCUUAUGUAUACUUGUAGAGCCCCCAUUAAAAGUCUCUACUUGUGUCAUCUAUUUAUAGAAAUAGAGCUUCAGUUGUGUGCUUUGCUGUAGAGAAUAGUUCUCCUGUGCAACUGAGUUUUGUGUGUGUAUCAAUAUGAAAUUUUAAAAUUUUGAAAUGUUUACCUGUUUAAGAAACAAAUCAUUGUUUAACACAAGCUGUGUUUCAUUUCUAUUUUGCCAAAAGGUCAGAGAACCAAAAUCUAUGUAACCAAUUGAUUAAAUCACUUGGUCAAGCCAGAUAGCUAAGAGAAAGGAGAAAUGCAUUGGCUAUCUAGUCUUUUUUUUUUUUUCAAAUAUAGUUUUUACUUACAAAAUGUCUUGCUUUCUAAAACAAAAUAUUAAUAUUGUGAACUUUAAAAUUCUUUUUAGCCAUAUUUAUUACAACUAUUCUAUUACAAUGUUGUUUUUUUUUGGUUCAAACCUUUUUUGCAUAAGUGACCCAGAACCAUUUUGUUUUGUCCACAAAUCUUAUAACACAUGAGAGAAAGAGCUUAGUUGUGUUGUUCAGGAAAUUACAAUUUUGAAAAACUGUGUUGGUUUGAGCAGAGUUCCCUAGGAAAUAUUUGAAACACACCAGCUACAAGUUAUCAAUAUAAUUAGAUACUGGCUUGACUUCAAUGUAUUCAUAUUUAUUGUGGAUGAUGAAAUAUUUGAGCCUAAAACUAAACAAAACUUUUACCUUUUUUUUUUUUUUUUCAUGUGUAAAAAUGUUUUUCACCUUUACUUACCAUUGUACCAAUGACUUUGUGUACUAACUAGUCUCUUUGGUUCAUUUUGACCAUGUAUAUCAAACAGAAAAUUUAUGGUUAACAGACUAAAUCAUUUUGUUGUAUGUUUAACUGUGUUACAUUGGUUGUUUAAAUGAUAAUCACUGCCUGGAUCCAGGUGAUUACAAUUUGACCUAAUUACCUCAGGUUUACUUGUGUCCUUGCAGCCCCACUAGAUCUGUCACAUUCAAUGUCCUGUGAAUUGAAGUCCUGGUGAAAGCUAAGUGAUAGGCGGCGGAAACUGACUUCAACGAUUGUGAAGAAAACAUUGAUUCAAUAGAUCAAAGGAUUAGGCAGAUGUGAGGAUCAGACUCCCUGGGCUCACAUGAUUCCUACAUUUAAGAUUAUCAUAUGCUUAAAACAACUUAUAUUUCUUGUGUUGACCUUUUUUUUUUAACAGCAUGUAAUCAUUAGGAGUGCUAUUUAUAUACUAUUGCUAUUUUAUUAUAAAUCAUAUUCUAUUUGAGAUUUAGUUCUAACUGAAUCUACUGUGAACACCUACAGCAUAUAAACAGACAGGUCGGCUACUUAAAAAGUAUAAUCUUUAGUUCAAUAGCCAAAACCAAAAGUGAUCUGCACAAAUGUCCUUGUUUGUUUGCUUGCUGACUCAGCCCUUUAUUUGUAUCAUCACAUCCAUCAUCUCAUUGGCAUCAUGUGACCAACGGUAAUUCAUCUUAAGCCUGUACAGUAGAAUGUCGUUUAUCUGGAUGUCAGUUAUCUGGAAUGUCAAAUAUCCGGACUGCCUUUUUUUUUUGUUUUACGGUAUCUAAGUGAUCUUGCUAAUGUGCAGUGAAAAAUCAGCAAUUAUUUCUUUUAUUAAUGAUGGGCUUGUUCCCUUGUAUAUUUGACAUGAGUUUUAUCUCUACUUACUCCGCAAUAUCUCCAUUUGAAUUUUUGUGCAGUGUUAAUAAAAUUGACAGAAUUACGUUUUUUUUGGGCGAUCAUUUAUCCCAAUUAAUCAGAAUAAUCAACAUUCUAGUAUAUUUAAGUAAUGAUAAAAAGAUAACAUAUUCUGCAUACAACAUGAUUAAGAUGUAACACUAUAAGUCUUAUAAAUAUUAUAUACAUUUUGAGUCUAUUUUAUAUUUUAUGCUUAAAAUGGACAGCAUUCAGUUUUUUGGCGAUUAAUUAUCCCAAUUAAUCUGAAUAAUCAACAUUUUAGUGUAUUUAAAUAAUGAUAAAAAGAUAACAUAUUCUGCAUACAACAUGAUUAAGAUGUAACACUAUAGGUCUUAUAAAUAUUAUAUUCAUUUUGAGUCUAUUUUAUAUUUUAUGCUUUUAAAAACUAAAAUCUUUUUAAUAAGUACAUAGCAUAGGUAUUGAGUAACUUUUCAGAACAUGACACAGCAAAACAAAAACAAAAUCUUUUGUAUAUUUUGUGUGUUUAAAGUUGUAAUUACCUGGUAUUUGCAUGUCUUAUUGACUUUCAUUCAUUGUCUUUACUAGUUGUGACAUUUGUAUUGCAUUCCUUGGUGGAUUCUUUGCAUUUACUGGCUGUGUUGCGAGGGAAACAUUAAAAAGUCUUUCAUGAGCUUCUCUUUAGUAUCCACAUUUUGUAGUUUUGCCAUUGUGCGUGUUUGCGGAUCUAAUCCAUCAACGUUCUUGUCGUUGCACCAGCCUGUAUUUAAGUAGAUAGUGUACAUGUCAACACACCAUUGAGUAAAUCUUAAUAAUAAUAAUAAUAAUCUUUAUUAUCCGUAAGGAAAUUUGUCUUACAAUUUGUGCAUUACCAAACAAAAAACAUUAUAAAUAUAAGAAACCAAAGUGUACAUUCACACCAGACUCACUCAUAAUUUACAUGUGACAAAGUUUGUACCAGAUUGUUCUUAUUUAAUGAUUUGAUUGCCAGGGGAACAAAAGAGUGUUUGUGUCUGUUUGUCUUUGCUAUCGGUGUCUUGUAUCUCUUUUGUGAUGGUUCUAAUUUGUAUUUGGUUCACAAGUUGGAUGCUCUAUUCUCAGUAUUCAUUGUAUAAAGAAUGGAAAGUUGACAAGAUUUGUGAUUUUUCUUUACGGAUUAAAGAGUCAAACAUUUCUCCUUUGAUUGAGAGACACAAUCUCCUGAGAUAUAAUAUAGAGAUUGCAAAAAAGUCUAAAAUGUUUGGAUGUUUUAAAUAUUUUUUUUUUUGUAUCAAAAAUAUGUUCUAUAAUUUGGCGUUGGUUUAGGAUUAAUUCACAGAGUCAUGAAGGAUACAGACAAUUAAGCAGGAUUAUCAUCACCUCAACAAAACCUUAAUUCCUGAACUUAUUUAUUGUAAGGGCAAAGUAAGCUAAAUCAUAUUGCAAUAGGGCAUGUCUAAUAGAUUUUUGGGUAGGUAUUUAAAAUAAUAUAAAUGCAUAUCUAUGAAUGCCACACAAGUAUGAAAUAAAUCUCAGCUCAUGAUUGUGUGGUAACAACAUACUUUUGUCAUUUCGAUGUUUUUUUGCAUUGUAUUUUACUGUUUUUUUGACAUCAAUAAUGAAUGUACAAAUUUUGAGGGAGAUAACUUAAACAUUUUUUGUGUCAUGCUUUCCCUUUGUAAAUUUUUUUUUUUUAGAUCAUUGCUACCAAAAAAGAGAUUAAAAUUCGUUGUGUUAUGAAA